GUUUCGGCAACAAUUUCUGGGCUGCAUUGGAUCGAGAUACGGAGUACUGUUGGGUGUAGAGCCAUGGCGUCGACGGGCUACGAGGCGGCGAGGAGGCUCGAGGGAGGCGAGCACAAAGGCGGUAGGAUGAGCAAAGAGGCGCAGCAGGGCCACGGCCACACCCACGGCCGCACCGCCCACAACAUGUCCUCGUCGUCGCUGCGCAAGAAGUCGGACCUGUCGCUGGUGUCGAAGGUCCGCUGCCGCUUCCUCAGGGCGCUCCUCGCCAACCUGCAGGAGAUCUUCCUCGGCACCAAGCUCUUCGUCCUCUUCCCCGCCGUCCCCCUCGCCGUCGCCGCCAGCUACUUCAACUUCGGACGCGCGUGGCUGUUCGCGUUGAGUUUGCUUGGCCUCGCUCCUCUCGCUGAGCGUGUCAGCUUCCUGACAGAACAAAUCGCAUACUACACCGGGCCAACUGUUGGUGGCCUCCUGAAUGCAACAUGCGGAAACGCCACCGAGCUGAUCAUAGCUCUUUUUGCGCUGCGGGAGGGGAAGAUUGAGGUGGUGAAGUGUUCCCUGGUCGGAUCUGUCCUCUCCAACCUAUUGCUUGUUCUUGGGACCUCCCUCUUCUUUGGCGGCCUGGCCAACCUCCACAAAGAGCAAUUCUAUGAUCGAAAACAAGCCGACGUGAACACCGGUCUGCUCCUUCUGGGCGCGCUGUGCCACAUCCUGCUGCUAAUGUUCGGGUACGCCAUGAACUCCGGAGAGCACGCGGCGGUGGACACCGUUCGAAGAUUGGCAUUGUCGAGAGCGUGCAGCGUCGUGAUGCUCCUUGCCUACGCUGCUUACCUCUUCUUCCAGCUAAAGACCCACCGCCAACUGUUCGAAUCGAAGGAGGGAGACGAGGACCACGACGAUGGGGUAUCCGAAGACGAGCCCGUCAUCGGAUUCCCUUGCGCGGUGGCUUGGCUGGUGGGGAUGACGACCGUGAUUGCAGCAUUAUCUGAGUACGUUGUCGGCACCAUUGAGGCUGCUUCAGAUUCCUGGGGAAUCUCCGUGAGCUUCAUCAGCAUCAUCUUGCUCCCGAUAGUUGGCAACGCAGCAGAGCAUGCGGGUGCCAUCAUUUUUGCUUUCAAGAACAAGCUGGAUAUAACUCUUGGUGUCUCCCUUGGUUCGGCAACACAGAUCUCCAUGUUUGUGGUUCCAUUGAGUGUUCUUGUGGCCUGGAUAAUGGGAAUCGAGAUGGAUCUUGAUCUUAAACUGUUGGAAACUGGCUCACUGAUCAUGGCAAUCCUAGUAAUAGGCUUCACUUUACAGGAUGGCACGGCACAUUACUUAAAGGGGCUCGUGCCCCUGCUCUGCUACAUUGCAAUCGCUGCAUGCUUCUACGUUUACAGAUCUCCAAAUCAAACAAACAAGGGUGCUGUGAUCACAGCAGCGUAGUAGAUACGCAAAACUUUCUAUAUCCUCUUAUGAACUUCCACUUGCACAUCAUGUUGCUAAUUCGACCGAAAACAUGUAAAUGAACGAGAAUUAAGGUGACUCUUCCCAGCAAAGUAGAGAGUUCUUUUUAAGCUAGACUGAAGCAUUUGCGACUCUGGCACCAAGUUUUGCAUGAGGUUGGCGAAGAACAGGAAAGACCUAAUAAGAUUACAUGUUGAUGAACUUAUAUCUAUACGCUCUAAAUUUGAUUCUGCUGCACUAAUCUUUUGCCUUUUUUACUUUGUUUUCAAUGUCGAUUAAUAACCAAAACCAUCAGGCUUUGAUGAGUUAAAAAUCCUGGUUUUUGUAUGAGAAGGGUGAAACUAAUGGAUCAUAAUGUUCUCUUGGCAUCCAACAUGAAGGGCACAGACUGUUCAUAUCGGAAUAGUGGAAGUCAAAUGGGAUUUCACACCUUUGAUCAUUCGACAAGAGCUUUAUGACUCUGUAAUCUUAUGUUUAACUGUGGUGAUGAGAUGUACCAUCUUGUUAACGUUUAACUCCACACAAUAAAUGAUUCUUUUCAAA